CCCAAGUACGUUCAUGCGUAUACAUAGAUAGGGAUAGACCCAAGAGACGGUACAGACCGCAGCUUUGCGACAUGGCAUGCUGCCGGCGGCGAUAGUGGUCGCUUAAAGCUCUGCUGCAAGACACGCUCUAGGUGGUACCCCCAUGGCUCCCAAAAGCGCAGCAUCGAAGCGCAAGGGGCCAGCGACGCCCAGCCCCCCCACGCCCCUCGUCCUCUACAAACGAGCCCUCGCCGCCGUCAAGUCCUGGAGCCCCCUGUGCUCCGAAACCUGCGACACGGAGGCGCUGACCUGCCUCACAGCAUGCAUCUCACAGCUGCAGACGCGCAUGGGGAUACAGCUGCGGCCGCAGGAGGAGACGGAGGUGGCGGCGAGUGAAGCACCUGCCACCAGCACGGCUGCAAAUGGUACGGCACAAGACAGCAACGUUGCAGGAGUGCCAGGAGCAGUUGUCGCAGCGGCAGCGGCAGCAGGGCAGGAUGGAGGGAUAUCCGCAGGGCUGGCUGCGGCGUUGCGUCAGGCGGAGGCGCUAGCGGCCGCGGUUGGAACUGGGGAGGACAGCAAGGAGGAGGAGGAGAAAGACGGCUGCGCCUCGUCGUCAGGAGGAGCAUCUCCGUACGUUGCUGUCGUACGGCACAGCUUGGAUCUGGAUCUGGAGGACUGGGAGGAGGAGCCGGGCUUCCUGCUGGCCUCCGCGCACCUGGAGCUGGGCAAGCUGCUGGGCCGCAUGUGGCCCCGCCGCUGGCGCUGCGAGCGGGCGCACCUGCGGGCGGCGCUGGCGCUGUUCCCCGCCUGCGUGGCGGCGCGGCUGGCGCUGGCGCAGGCGCUCCUGGCCCGCUCCGACCACCCCUCCGACCUGCAGCAGGCGGAGGGGCUGCUGGCGGGGGCGCUCAGCACCGCGGAGCGGCUGGCGGGCGGCAGCGG